AUGAAUGCGCAUGAUUCGACGCCGGAUACAACCUUCGAAAAUGUUGUUCUUUCCCUUCGUCAAGCUCUAACUUCCGAAGAUGUCCCACUUGCAAAGCGUUUCCGGGCACUUUUCUCGCUGAAACAUCUUGCUACUCAACAGCCUGCGAACCGGCGGACUUCCGAAGCUAUACAAGCGAUAGCUGCGGCUUUUACCUCGCCAUCAGCUCUACUAAAACACGAACUUGCUUACUGCCUGGGUCAGACAAAGAAUCUUGAAGCUGCACCCUUUCUACGUCAUGUUUUAGAGGAUCGCGAACAAGAUGAGAUGUGUAGGCAUGAAGCGGCAGAAGCUCUUGGGGCUCUAGGAGACAUUUCAAGUGUUGAGCUGAUGAAGCACCUCAGAGACAACGAGGAUCAACCAGAAGUCGUCAGGGAAACAUGUGACAUAGCCGUGGACAGAAUUAUAUGGGAAAAUUCGGAGGCGCGCGAAAAAGAAAAGCUCAAAGCAAGUGAUUUUGCAUCUAUAGACCCAGCUCCACCUAUCUCCCUAGAAUCAAAUCAAUUCCGCAUUUCUGACCUGAAGUCCAGACUUAUGGACACUUCAUUAUCGUUGUUCCAACGGUAUCGGGCAAUGUUUGCUCUAAGGGAUCUGGCCUCUCCCCCAGACAUACCUUCGGCUGUUCCGGCCAUUGAGGCACUUGCAGCAGGUUUCAAUGACCCAUCCGCACUAUUCAGGCAUGAGAUUGCUUUCGUCUUUGGUCAGCUAUCCCAUCCUGCAUCUAUUCCCAGUCUGGUAGCAACCUUAAGCAAGACAAACGAGGCGAGCAUGGUCAGGCAUGAAGCUGCAGAAGCGCUUGGCACUCUUGGAGAUGAGCCUGGUGUUGAGGACAUAUUGAAGACCUUCUUGGAUGAUCCGGAACAGGUAGUGCGUGAGAGUGUGGUUGUUGCGCUGGAUAUGGCCGAGUACGAGAAAAAUGGGGAAAUGGAAUAUGCGAUGUUCCCCCCAGAUUCUAUUUCAGACAAAUCGAUAUUUUCUGAUUCAAACCUGACCACGAGCUGUGCAUGGAAGGGCAUUUCUUCAUACUACAAUAUCAACGUCAACGGGGAUAUCCUGAAAGAUGCGGCGUGGUAUUAUCCUGCGCCUAAGGAAGCAGCGCAGAACAUCAAGGAUCACGUCGCCUUCUAUAAGACCAAGGUUCAAGUCUCCAUCGAGGAUUAG